AUGAGUACUGUCUCACCAACCCCCCGCCGUCGUCUCUCCUCUCGACGCGGUUCCUCCUCCGCUCCAGAUCCUUACGGGCUACAUGCAGACAUUGAGACAACGCAAGGAAAAGCAAGUCGGAUCACCAUCCUUCCUGUGCGUUCUCCUCCUCCUCCUCAGCAAAGCAACACCGCGCUUGGAAAUGCGAGAGAGAAGCGAUCGAGUUGGGGCUCGACCCAUUCGACCCAUUCGGCGGCGAGUAAUACGUCAACAGGUCGUGGACGGUUGUCGUUUGCGUUUUCGAGCUUUACGCCUAUUAAUAAGGAUAAGGAUGGUGGAGAUGCUGCACAAGGAGGUCACGGGGGUCCAGCAAAUUUGAGUGGACCGCCGUCCCCUGGAGGUCGGUUUCCUAUGACAAGGAGAAACUCUAGUCAUAGUCUGGAUCGGACAGGCCAACGUGGAGGUGGAGGUGGCGCGAACUUCCAGCAAUUAUCACCUCAACAAGUAUGCGAUCUCGCGAUUAGCUCGAUCUCGAACCCUCCGUUGGCUAGUCCGUCACUUGACGGUAGAACAACAGCACCAAUAGCAAAUCAACAGCAGCAGCUGCAGCAAGCGACGACGCCAUUCCUAGUUCUCUCAGACGAAGUGUACCUUCCGUUCCUUGAAAGGCCCGCAGAAGUGACAGCGCUCCUGACGAGCGCCCCGACAAAUCGAUUGAUGGCUUUGCUCCAGCAGACGUUUCCCAAGAGUCUGCGAGACCCGUUUGAUGCAAAUGCUUCUCUGAAACCCUUUGGUGAGGAUCCUGCGAAGUGGAGCUUUGCAGAGCUUACGCGGUGGUUACAGACUGUAGACCGCGAAGAGGCGGAUGAUCGCGUAUGGGUAUCGAAAGCGCGAAAGUCUGUGUUAGCGAGGAGCGAGCUUAUUUGGAGUAGACUCAAAGCUGCGUUGGGCGUCCCUCCAGAAUUAGAGGAGGAGGAGGAAGACGGUGAUGAGGAAGAAGAAGAAGAAGACGGCAAUGUGGGGAAGUACGACGACGGAGAGGCCCGCGUGGCAAAUUACGCUGACGAUGAUUAUGUCGGUGAUGAGGAACGUGAACGCUUCGAGGCGUGGCUUGAACCGAUAUAUGAUGGUGAUAUGGGAGCGAAGUGUGUUGCGAGUCCUGUUAACUUGCCGUCGCCGAGUAACCCGUUUGAUUUGGGGAGUAUUGGGGAGGGUGCGGAGGAUGAAGAGGAAAAGGACAAAGAUACCGACAAAGAGAAAGAGAAAGAGAAGGCGGUUGAAGAAGCUACACGAAUGAUACACGGCCUCCGACUCUCCACUCCUCUAACCUCCUCCAACAACAACAUUCGUGCACGGUCUGGUUCUGGUAGCUCUCUCGGUUCUCAUGGCUCUCAUGGCUCUCUCGGAUCUCUUAAUCCUCUCAGCAUGUCACCCGUCGUACCGACAGCAACGAGUCAACGAAGAGCGUUCAGUUCGACUGCAACUGAAGACACGGAGAUGAGGAGACGGGAGGCGAUGAUGGCUGCUUCUGUUGCUAAGUCUGGAAGGGUGAGGAGGUCUGCUCAGCAGGAAAGGGGGACUGGGGACCCGCUUUUCCCGAGUUCGUUUGCGACGUUGACGAUGGGGCCUAGUUUGGUUGCGAAUAACCCAGCCCUGCGCUCAGGCCCCCGUCGGACUUUCCGCCCUGGUGUUCCCAUUGCUGCUCGAGGACGCGGAGGUACGGGAGGUGGGGGAAGAUAUUGGGGGUCUACGAGUGGGUCGAUGACGGGUGGUUGGGAUACGGAUGGGAAUGAUUAUGCGUUGAGUUUGGGGAGUGGGUCAGAGAGGAGUUUUCGGUGA